AUGCUGUCCGCCUGCGGCACGCUCCUUGAGCUCGUCUUGAAGCAUGAAAGGAACGAGGAGGCUGAUGAGCUUGCUCGCCAUGGACAGCGACCCCUACAACAUCACGGCUAACGAAUGCUUCAAAAAGGGGGGAGACCCGCGGAGGCCAUUGAUGUCUUCCACAGGUCUAACACAAAACCGUGUGCCAUGGAUGUUGGGUGCUGCGAAAACCUAAUCGGGAGGCUCUCAGAAAAUGGUUUGUUUUCAGUGCAGAAAAGCUGUUCUAUGAAAUGCCUGCUUUCUAGGAAGGGAGAGUGA